CUUACUAAUUUUCUUCUUGCCCGUUUGUCCGCCCGAGUUUUGAAAUUAGGAUACCUCUCUGUUCUCUUCUCCUCUCUCUCAAAUCACAAAUAUCCUAAGAAAAAAAAAGGAAAAAAAAAAGAAAAAGAAUCCAAAAAAUGCUAAAGAGCAACAGAGGAAAAUCGACGGCGAGAAAACCUCUCAUCGACAUAUCAAAUGGCGGAAAACCCUCGAGGAUUCUCAAGAAGAAGAGUCCUGUCGAUGGAUUUGAUGGUGGUGCUCUCGACCGUCUUCUCCUUGUUCGAUCGGAACUCUCGAAUAUCUUCAGUGAGAUCGAUGAACUGGUUGCUCGAGCCCUGGAAAAUAAAAGGACAGAUAGAAAAGCAAUUCAAGAUAUCGAGUCCUUCAGUAAGGUUCUACGUGAUAUGCAUUCAUCUUUGAAGCCAUGGGUUUCAAGACUCCGUCAAGCUUCUCCCAAACAAGAGCCAUUACAGAUUGAAAACCAGCUUGGUCAGCAGAGUAUAGGAGCUAGAUCAGUUUCCUGUGUUAAUGGGGAAGAGAGUACUCCCCGAAACAGAAAUGAUGCUGAGCUAGACUUGAUAGUGUCUCCUUCUCCCCUCGUCUCUUGGCGUGCUGAUUCCUGUACAUUGGACACUGGAAGACAGCUCUUUCUGCUGACACCCUUACCCAAAUUAAAAGCCACAUCAUCUAAAUGCCCUGUCACGUCCAAAUCCAUGGUGAGAAUCCUUCAUCACGAAAAUCAACGAGGACAGCCUCUCACAUCAACUCUUAGAGAAAGCGCUUCUGAUAGUUUGUUUCAAGAACCUGAGGCCAAGAUGCCACAAGAUAACAUGGUGAAGCCUUGCACUGCUGGCACAACGAAUAGUGUCUUAGAGAGCAGUAAAGAUUCACUGUUCCUUUUAACACCGUGCCUGAAGACCUUUCCACAAAAGAGCUCUGCUUUGAAUGGUUUUGUCUCUGAGAACAUUCCAGAACUACCAACUCAAGACGAUGAUUCUAAGGUCUCUGAUGACCUUACGAAUGAUGAAGUCUUAGAUGGUUUGACCUCCAAGUAUCAAGAGCUCCUCGGUUUACAGCCUAAUAACAAUUUUACGAACAGAAGGAAGGACGGCAAUCAAGCUUUAGAGUGGUUUCUUUCACCCCCAAAGACUUGUGUCCUUAUGGAGGAGCCAAAUGAAGAGAAGCAAGUGCCGACACCAUGCCUCAACAACAGCAUACUUUUGCUUGCAACUCCUUUAUGGAAGGAUGUAGAAACUACAAUCCACAAAGGCAAGCGAGCUGGAGAAAACACCCUUAAGAAAGAGCUUUGGGCUCGGUUUGAGGAGGUUUCUAAAGAUGGACUGCAUUUUGAUGCAUCGGUCUUUCAAAACACAGAGAGAAAGGGGUUUUUGGACAUGCUUGAAGAGGCUUGUGAAACUUCGGAUUGUGGAGAUGGGAAAUAGCAGGAACUGGUAGUCAAUACGAUCUAUCCAAAUUGUAAUUUUGUUGUACUCUGUAUCUCCAUGUUGUAGCUUAUGAGCUCUAUACUUAACUCGCAACUGCAGUGUUGAAGUAUUGAGCAGUUCAUACUGAA